UAGAGCCAUUGCAUGUUUUGGAGGAAGCGAUUCGUGUAUUAGAAGGGGUGGAAUUCAAACGUCAACGGGUACACGUACGUGUGCUUGGGGAAUCACCUAAAUUUUUCGCAUAUUAUGUCAUCAGUUUUAUUAUGAUGAUAUCUCAAAAUUUCAUGCUAAUACUUCAACAUUACAUACUGAUACUUAUUUAAUCAACAGAUGUGAAAGCAAUUAAUAAAGAGAUGAUAUACGUGCACUAAAUACUUUUUGAACUAAUAUGUAAAAAAUAUAACGAGCUUUGCCAACCAAGUAGAAGAGAACGCGCAGAAACUAAACAUCCUAGACCUUAUUCAUACAGCGUCGAACACAAGAUUAUAAUACUACGAUAUUGCGAUGAAUAAGAACGGUCUCUCUAAAAAGGUAAAUUAAAAAUGUCAUUGCCAUUGAUUUUGGGAUAGGGCAGGGUUUAAUAUAUUGAUCAUUUAUUCAACAUAUUCUAGAUGAAUGAUAACUUAAAUGAAUAUAAAUGAAUAUAAACAAGCAUAUAACAAAAACUAGAAAUGUUGAUGUUUACUUUCUUCCUAUGCAUACAAAAUAUUUUACAUGAAAGUUCUUCUUUAGCAUUCAAUUGUUUCAAAUUACCUAAUUUUUUGCUGCUUUACGAAAUUAAGUUAGAAAUUCUUUUGGGUUCUCAAAUGUGGCUUCAGAUGUUCGAUAAACCCUUGUAAAAUCUAUUUUCAAUUUAUUGUUGCUUUCAAGUCUUCAUUUUUAAAAUGCCAGGAUAAUUUGAUAUGGUUUUUUUUCACUCGUUAUUGAUAGUGGGAGAAGCAUUGGAAUUUAUUCAAAGAUUAUGAGGAAAAGGUUUUUCUAUAUGUGCGCGAUUUUAGACGAUACCGCAUACCUUUCCCUUUUAGGGCAACUGUUUCUAAAUGAACUUUAACCUUCUUAAUAAGAUAUAUAAAUAAGCUCUUCACAUAAUUUCAAACAUUACAACCGUUCUAUAUCCUUUCCCUAACAUGCCACUGUACAUCAUCAUCUGGUGUCUUUGUGUAAUUCCAACGAGUGGAUUCUCUCGUCUUACUGACACUAAAACUCAGAAUGUCACCUUACGGGAUGAAGCAGUAGCAACAAAGACCGACGUUUUCAAAAUUUUGUUGAACCAGGAGACUCUGAUAAGAGUGUCUCUGGUAAAGGACGUCCAAAUUCUCAUGAAGGAAAUGAUAGAAAUAAAAGAAAAGAUGACAACCAGCGAUAAACGACUCCAUGAUGCAGAGAAAGAAAUUUCAAGCCUGAAAAUUGAUAUACAUUCAUUGAAAACUGAGAACCAGAGGUUAAAAGAACAAGCCGUGAAAUAUCAAGAAAAUUUCAAGUUUAUCGGUCAAAAUUUCAGUGAAAUUAAGCAGAACUUUACAAGUACUUCAUUUCGCCGUGUACAGUACGAGACGACCGUGAAUAAAAAAAUUGAAGAAUUUGAGAAAAAUACACCUAUGGUUCUAUAUUCAAUUAAAACAGAGGUUGGCAACCUCUCUGUGAAGUUACUAGAUUUGAAUAAACAUACCACGGAACUAAACAUGUCUGUUUCAAAAAUGAUAGAGAGCAAACUAACAGAGUAUUCUGUCAGCGUAAAUAAAUCUGUCAGUGAAAUAAACCACAAGCUGCUCUCUUCAAAGGACUUUCAUACACAAAUGGUAUACAACUUGUCUGCUGUGGAAAAUGACCUAACAAACAUCAGAAAAAUGAUAUCAGCUUCAAAGACAAGUGUGGGCUUCACAGUCGGGGUGACUAGACGGUCUACCACCUGGGCAGGAGACAUCUUGGUGUUCCCUCACAUUGUCACCAAUAAUGGAAACGGAUACAAUCCCAGCACGGGGAAAUUCACCGCCCCCACGGACGGGACUUACGUCUUCUUUGUUACUGUUAAUACGAACGGCAGUAAUUAUAUAUAUCUAGAUAUUGUUCUGAAUGGUUCAAAGAAAGUCAGAACAAUGUCUUUCGAUUCUGCUGCCUACUCCACGGGAACAAACAUGGCGGUACUUCAGUUGGUCAAAGGGGACUCUGUUUGGGUCAGGCGGAACGGAGGAAGGAGUUAUUACACAGAAAGCGUGCCCAUAACGACCUUCUCUGGUUUUCAUCUUAGUAAUAACUGGCUUUUGCAAACCUGAAAAAAAGAGUAUCUACAUGUAUAUAAUUAUGUACAACUAAUCUUCUUUAUGACUGCAAACACUUGCUCUGUUGAUUGUACGAUUUGUACAUCGGUUAUACUUUGUACGAAUGUAAUUUAUUUCUAAUACUUGCCUUAAAAUUAUCUUUGUUAUUGUAACCGUGUACAGCAUUUUGUAUAUAUACUAGUAGAAAGGCACUGUACCUGACGAAACCGAGUCUAACUAUUAUGAGUUUUAUUUAAUAAAACUAUCACAAAAGGAUAUACAAGUAAUAUAAACAUCUUGAUUAUUUAACAAAUCUGUAUACAUGUAGUUCAAUUUUUUGGUAUAUUAAAUAAACAC